AUAAAAACGCUUGGCUACGAGCUCCUGAAGAUGAAGGCUGAAGGGUCUAUUCUAGAUCUGGGCCGCCCACGUCAGAGCCCAAGGUAAAUCAUGGAGGUAAAAAUUCCAUCAAUAUUGGAGGAAUUGUAGAUUGCAGCACCUGGAAGGGUAGGGAAGAAAAAGUUGCCAUGGAGAUUGCUGUGCAAGAUUUUUACAGCUUAACAGGCCAUAACUUGUCUCUGCAUAUUGUAGACUUGUCUGGUAACUCUGCUAAAGCUGUUUUUGCAGCUAUUGAACUUGUCAAGGACCAAAAAGUGCAGGCAAUUGCUGGUGCCUUGACAUGGCAGGAAGCUGCAAUAGUAGCUGAAAUGGAUGAGAUUAACAAGGAAGUACCUGUCAUUUCCUUAACCCAACCAUCAUCUCCAAUAGUUCCAAAUAAGAAAUUUCCUGUCAUUGGCAUGUAUCAGGAUAUUUCUAUGGACAUUAGUUGCAUUUCUGCCAUUGUUGCUUCCUUCAAAUGGACAAAAGUGAAUGCUAUAUAUGAAGGGAGAAAUUCAUACACAAGCAAUUUAGGUGGUAUAACACUCUUGUCUUCUUCACUCCGGGAAAUUGGUGUAGAGCUAGAAUAUUUCUCAGCCUUUCCAGAAUUUUCUUCUCUUGUAAACCCAAAUAUCAUCAUUCAGAAAGAAUUGCAGACUCUAAGGGAGAAGCAAAGCAAGGUCUUUAUAUUUGUUCAAACUUCAUUAACAUUGACAACAAUGUUAUUUGAAAAUGCUAAGCAAAUGGGAAUGAUGGGGGAAGGUUAUGUAUGGAUUAUGGCUGAUGGUAUUGCUAAUCUUAUUGAUUCUGUUAAUGCAUCUGCUAUAACCUCUAUGCAAGGAGUGCUUGGUUUUAGGACUCACUACUCAGAUAAUACCGCUUCAUUCAGAGAAUUUCAAAUGAAUUUCCAACGAGUUUCCAUAGAUGAAUAUCCAAAAGAAGAUAAGAAUCAUCAUCCUAGUGUUUAUGCACUUCGAGCAUAUGAUUCAAUUUGGACAAUUGCUAAGGCUGCUAAAAUAUUACAGCAGAAAAAUGAUUCAAAACCCUUGUUACAGCACAUCUUGUCGAGUGAUUUUGAGGGCUUGAGCAGUAGAAUACAGUUCCAAAACUAUAAAUUGGGAGAUAAACCUACUUUUCAAAUUCUUAAUAUAGUUGGUAAAAGCUAUAGAGAGAUAGGAUUUUGGUCUGAAGAACUUGGUUUCACUAAGAACCUUGUCAAGCAUGCUAAUGGCAAGAACAAAAAUUUGACUGCCGAAGAAGGUUUAGACCGGGUGUACUGGCCAGGUGGAAGAACCUCUGUUCCAACUGGAUUUUUAGAGACUAAAGCGAAAGAACUGAGGAUCGCCGUGCUAGCUAGAUCCACAUGCUCACAGUUUCUGAAAGCAAACCAUGACGAUAAGCAAAAUAUAACAUACAUCACUGGAUUUUCCAUUGAUGUUUUUGAAGCUGCGGUGAGACGUCUGCAAUAUCCAUUGAUGUACAACCUGUUUCCAUUUUAUGGCUCUUACAAUGAUCUGAUAAAGGAAGUUUCUAACAAGACUUUUGAUGCAGCCAUUGGAGAUAUUCUAAUAACUGCAGACAGGAACCAGCAUAUAGAAUUCUCACAGCCUUACAUUCAAGCAGGCCUUGUAAUGGUUGUGACAAUGAAAUCAGAUGAAUCACUCCAGUUUUGGAUGUUCAUGAAGCCCUUCACCAAAGGAAUGUGGAUAUUAAUGGCAGCUAUGACACUUUUUACUGGUUUUGUAAUUUGGUGCCUUGAACAUAGAAUCAACUCUGAUUUUCGUGGUCCACCUAAUAGACAAAUUGGAACAUUGCUCUGGUUCUCUUUCUCAACACUUGUUUUUGCACACAGAGAAUCAAUCAGGAGCCAAUGGUCUCGUUUGGUGCUUGCACCAUGGCUAUUCCUUAUCCUAAUUGUUACCUCAACUUACACUGCUAACCUAACUUCACUGCUAACAAAUCCCCAACUCGAACCAUCAGGAACAGACAUUGGUUCACUCAAGAGGACGAGGGCAACUAUUGGUUGUAAUGGAAAUCCCUUCACUUUCUGGUAUUUAGAGAAAGUUUUAGGUUUCAAAACAGGUAACAUCAAAACCAUAGCUUCAAUUGAUGACUUCGCAAAAGCCCUAUCAAGUGGAGAUAUAAGGGCAGCCUUUAUGUUUACUCCCCAUGCUAGAGUUUUCCUAUCAGAAUUUUCCACAGGCUUCACAAUGACAGGACCAACUUACAAGCUCACUGGUUUUGGCUUUGUAUUUCCAAAGGGAUCCUCCUUGGCAUUGAAUAUAUCAGAGGCUAUAAUAUACUUAACCCAGAGUGGAGAACUGCAGCAACUAGAGGAACAAAAGCUCUCAUAUUCAAAAUACUCAACUUCACCAUCUACUGCCAGUUCUGGAACUCAAGGUUUAGGUCCAAGGCCUUUGGCAGGUUUAUUCAUUAUCUCAGGCAGUGUUUCCAUUUUUGCAUUGAUCGUUGUAGCAAUUAGUCUAUUGAGAAGCCACUGGGAGAGUAGUCUCACAUUCAUUCAAACAAUGUUAGCGGGUAGAGCAUUUUGGUCAUGGCUUACAACCUUCUUUGCUAAAAACGACCUGCUCCAACUUUAAAUUCUUCACAUUCUUUUUCUAUUAGAUUUUCUUUAAGGAAAAAAAAAAAAAACAUAAAUUGUAGAAAGUUUCUAAAGGAUUUGCUGUAUGUAUGGAAUACCAUAUUAGAAUGAGAAGAAAAUAAAAGAUUAUAUAUAUCUAUAUAUAUAUAUAUAUAUUUGCAUUAGAUGGUGUAAAAGAGUUGGCAGAGGAAAGAAAGAAAA